GGCGAGUUUAGUCCGAUGAUUAGAUCAUUUUUUAGUCGAUACAUCGAUUGCCCUGUUUUGGGGGAUUUGGUGGCGGAAACUGCGAAAUACGCCUUCCCACGAAGAUACGAAGCUCGGAAUCUAGAAGAAGCCCUAAUGUCGGUUCCUGAUCUGGAAACGGUCAAAUACCGGGUUAUAAAGCGGACGGAUUACUACGAGAUCAGAGAAGUAGAGCCUUAUUUUAUUGCUGAGACGACGAUGCCUGGACAGGCUGGAUUUGAUUUCAAUGGCGCAUCUCAAUCUUUUAAUGUCUUGGCUGCUUAUUUAUUUGGUAAGAACACUGCAAGUGAGCAAAUGGAAAUGACGACUCCUGUUUACACUCGAAAAGUUCAGCCUAGUGGUGAGAAGAUGGAUAUGACCACGCCAGUUAUAACCAAGCGAUCACCUGAGCAGGACAAGUGGCAGAUGUCGUUUGUGAUGCCAUCUAAGUAUGGCUCUAACUUGCCUGUGCCAAAAGAUUCAUCUGUGAGCAUCAAAGAAGUGCCAGGAAAAAUUGUUGCGGUCACCGCCUUUUCAGGUUUUGUUACAGAUGAAGAUGUUAAGAGGAGAGAAGCCAAGCUGCGCAAUGCUCUACAUAGUGAUGGUCAAUUUCGAGUGAAAGAGGAUGCAUCAGUAGAAGUUGCACAGUUUAAUCCCCCAUUUACACUUCCUUUUACACGGCGCAAUGAAAUAGCAUUAGAAGUUGAGAGGAAAGCAGAGUAGACCUCUCUGAUGUGUGGCCAUCAACAUAUUUACUUAAAAAGGAAUAAUAAUUCAAUAUAGAUUAAUGUUGAUAUAUAUAUUCUCAUGCUGAAAUAGCUACUAUCAUUUUACUAUUAUUAAGUUACAUGAAUGUAUUAUGCUGUAAAUUCCAAAUAAGUACUAUUGGUGUACACUCACUUGCUGCUGUUACUGUAACUGAUCAUCAAUCACAAUAGAAAUGAUAUACAAAUUUUGUUUCCA